AUGCAGCGCAUAUGUGUGGUUUUAGUUUUAAUCUACAUAACAGCAGUCACCGCACAAAAUAUCGUAUGCUAUUACGACAACCGGUCGGCCAGCUAUAGUACGCCAACGUUUCCGAGAAACCUCAGCCCAACAAAUUGCACUCAUUACAUUUACGAUGGGGUUGGUGUGACGGCCCAGGGCGAUAUACGCAUAUUGAGCAGCUACGACACAACAUCUGGAUUUGACGAAUUUCUGAGCCUUCGCCGAACCACUUCCAAGCUGUACGUGCUGCUUAGUUCGGAUCGUGAUGGCGGCAAGAACUUGACCAACGCGAUUGCGGGGCGCAGUGAAAAGUUAGUGAACAACCUCGCUAUCUUUCUGGAACAGUACAACUUUGACGGUGUGGAAAUCGACCGACGCACCAAUGAUUUCGAUAAGGGCGCGUUGGCCAGAUUCAUCAACAGACUUCGUUCGAGGCUGUACAUGAUUAACAAGCAACUGUCCGUGGCCGUUUCGCCACAGUUCACCGAUGCGUACGAUAUCACUUCGCUAAGCUUGUAUGCUGAUAUGAUAAAUCUUCACGCGUACAACUUUACGAGCACCGCCGGCAACACCGUCGUCGCAAAUCUUGCUCCACUGUUUUCCAGCACACCCAACAAUGUCGUCAGUGUGAACUCGACGGUAACAUCUUGGCUGGCGGCUGGUGCCCGCCGGAGCAAAAUGAACCUCGUAGUGGCCACUUAUGCCCGGACGUACGUACUGGCAAGCGAGGAUCAGCGGGGUGUGGGAGCGCGUAGUACGGGCCCGGGUGACGCCGGUUCCAACACGAAACGAGCGGGCCUGCUCGCCCGGUACGAGGUUUGCAACUUGCUCAAUGAGUACAGCCCCGUGAGCGAUAGUGUCACGGCUACCACGUAUUACUUCAAAGGCAAAAAUUGGAUUUCCAUCGAGACGGAGGACAUGCUGGUGCAAAAGUUCACCUAUGUGCUCGAUAACACGCUCGCCGGCGUAGGUGUCUUUACACUUGAUCUGGACGAUGUGAGCAACACGUGCGGCAACGGUGCCUAUCACAUCGUGGACCUUGCCCGCCAGUACUUUGCAGAGGGCUAG